AUGUCACCACUACCGAUGCGCUGGGCCUCUCCCGUGAGGGAGAGAGGUGCAGCUGUGCCCAGUGUGGCAGCUGUGCCCGGUGUGGCAGCGGUGCCUGGUGUGGCAGUGCGAUCGUUCUCACCCACCAGACAGAUGCUGAGGCAUGCGUCGCCACUGCAUGUCCCAAGGGGGAUUGUCUUCCCUGGCGCCAUGCCGGCAAUGCGACCGCCUCUACUUCCAGACCCGAUGAAGGCCCAAGCUGUUCCAGUUGACGACUGGCAAAAGAGGAGACAAUUUACUCGGACUGUGUCACCAGCCCGGUCACCACUGAGACGAGCGCCUGCAAACCAGGGCACACCCUUCAUGCGAGUUGGCAGUCCAAAGCCAGCACAGCGAUGGGUCUUUUCGCAUCAGCCCGUGACCGUGGCGGUGCAUUUGACUCACAAGAGGCCAUCCACAGGCAGUGGCGGUAGCCAGGGCAGUGCCGCGCAUCCUCCGGAAAUGAAGAUGGAGCGUCGUAACUCCGAAGGGAAGGCCUGGUGGAUCAGGUAUUUGCAGCUAGCCGUCUUGUUGGGCCAAAGCUUGGCCCGGCAGAAGAUUGGCCUGGUCUUCGGAGGGGGAAAGGUUGGCUUGAUGGGUGCUGUAGCAGAUGCUGUCCUUGCAAUGAAGGGCGAAGUGAUCGGUGUGAUUCCUAGGAGCAUGGUGGACUUAGAGAUUGCUCAUGAGGGUUGCACCUCCUUGCGAGUUGUGGAGACCAUGCAUGAGAGGAUGCGUGGCGGCGAAAUGCGGAAGGCGCUGAUGGCGGAGCUGUCCGAUGCUUUCAUCGCGCUGCCGGGCGGCUGGGGCACACUGGAGGAGAUAGCAGAGGUCACGACCUGGACACAGUUGAACAUUCAUCUGAAGCCGGUGGGGUUGUUGAACCAAUUCGCCUACUGGGACCAUCUUCUGCAAUGGACAGAAACAUCCCGUGACGAAGGAUUCAUGACGUCUACAUCUCAGAAGAUCCUUUGCGUUGCGGAGGACCCUGAAGAACUCAUACAGGCUUUGGCGAUGGUUCAACUGCCUGACUUAGCGGACAAGAUCAGCUGCACCCGCGUUGCGCCAAAGAUGCCUUCUGGUGCAGAUGUCGCGGAAUCGGAAGCUGAUGUGAAAAGCGCUGAUGCUGAUGUGAAAACGGGCGUGCUGUUGUGCUGCUUGUGGGGAUAA